UCCUGACCCAGCGGCCGACUCGGAGCCCCGGCUGCCCCGCGUUCCUCGGCCCCGAGCCUGCCGUGGACUCGGGCCGCAGGCGCCCCGCAUGCGGCAGCGCAGUUAGGGAGAUGCUUCAGGAUAAGGGCCUGUCCGAGAGCGAGGAGGCCUUCCGGGCCCCGGGCCCAGCGCUGGGUGAGGCCAACGCCACCAGCGCCCCCGAGCCCGCGCUGGCCGCGCCGGGCCUCAGCGGGGCCGCGCUGGGCAGCCCCCCAGGCCCCGGGGCGGACGCCGCUACCUCUGCCGCCGCGGAGCAGACCAUCGAGAACAUCAAGGUGGGCCUGCACGAGAAAGAGCUCUGGAAGAAGUUCCACGAGGCGGGCACGGAGAUGAUCAUCACCAAGGCGGGCAGGAGGAUGUUCCCCAGCUACAAGGUCAAAGUCACAGGCAUGAACCCCAAGACCAAGUAUAUCCUGCUGAUUGACAUCGUCCCAGCGGAUGACCACCGCUACAAGUUCUGUGACAACAAAUGGAUGGUGGCGGGGAAGGCCGAGCCCGCCAUGCCAGGACGGCUCUACGUCCACCCGGAUUCUCCAGCCACGGGGGCCCACUGGAUGCGGCAGCUGGUCUCCUUCCAGAAGCUAAAGCUGACAAACAACCACCUGGACCCCUUUGGCCAUAUCAUCCUCAACUCCAUGCACAAGUACCAGCCACGGCUGCACAUCGUGAAGGCUGAUGAGAACAAUGCUUUUGGCUCCAAAAACACAGCUUUCUGCACCCACGUGUUCCCAGAGACUUCCUUCAUCUCUGUGACCUCCUACCAGAAUCACAAGAUCACACAGCUGAAAAUUGAGAACAACCCUUUCGCCAAGGGAUUCCGGGGCAGCGACGACAGUGACCUGCGUGUGGCCCGGCUGCAGAGCAAAGAGUACCCCGUGAUCUCCAAAAGCAUCACGAGGCAGAGGCUCGUCUCCACUCAGCUCUCGACCAAGCCCGACGUCAGCCCCCUGCACGGCCCCCACCAGGCGCUCCAGCACUACCAGUACGAGAACGGCGCCCACAUGCAGUUCGCCGCGGCCGAGCCGCAGGACCUUCCCCUCAACGCCUUCCCGGCCCAGAGGGACUCCAGCCUCUUCUAUCACUGCCUGAAAAGACGAGCAGACAGUGCCCGCCACCUGGACUUGCCCUGCAAGCGCUCCUACCUGGAAGCUCCCUCCGCGGUGGGGGAGGAUCACUACUUCCGGUCGCCCCCUCCCUACGACCAGCAGAUGCUGAGCCCCUCCUACUGCAGUGAGGUGACCCCAAGAGAAGCCUGUAUGUACUCAGGUUCCGGGCCCGAGAUGGCCGGGGUGUCUGGGGUGGACGACUUGCCCCCACCCCCGCUGAGCUGUAACAUGUGGACGUCGGUCUCCCCGUACACGAGCUACAGCGUGCAGACCAUGGAGACCGUGCCCUACCAGUCCUUCCCCACGCACUUCACCGCCACCACUGUGAUGCCUCGGCUGCCUGCCAUCUCCGCUCAGAGCCCCCAGCCACCGGGGAACACCCACUUCAGUGUCUACAAUCAGCUCUCGCAGUCUCAGGUCCGAGAGCGGGGGCCCACCGCCCCCUUCCCCAGGGAGCGCGGCCUCCCCGCGGUGUGCGAGAGGAAGCCGCCCUCCCCGCACCUGAGCGCUGCCAGCGAGUUUCUCUACUCGCAGAGCUUCUCCUUCUCCCGGGAAGCCUCCCUGCAGUAUCAUUCAGGAAUGGGGACCGUGGAGAACUGGACUGACGGGUGACUCCCACGUUCCCCUCAGACAGCCCCAGGACAGUGUUAACCCAGUGUUAGCCCCUGUGGGUGGCCUGCACUACCGAGAAACACAGGAAGGUAUUUUAAAGGGUGGGUGUGUGCGUGUGUGUGCGCGUGUGUCGGAGGGCCUCUGUCUCCUGCGGUACCUCUGAGGCCACGACCAGGCAGAAAACAGGGCGGUCUGAGAAGUGCUUUUGUCUGCAGGACCUGCGUCCGCUGUUACCGGACAUCCCCCGAACAUGCCCACAGGUGGGGUGGAAGGGGAAGUUCAUGUGAGUUAUCAAGAGGUUUUUACAAUGUCAUACUGACUUACUCAGGGCCAGGUGGUGAGGUCUGCCCGCAGGGACAGUGGUGGGGGGACUCUCACUGCCGGGGUGGGAGGGCUCUCUGCAGGCCGCAGAGCUCCUGGUCGAGGGCGGAGCUGAGAACCCUGUGGGGAGCCGAGCUGCAGCCCACGCCUGUGGCUUCUGGAGGUUCUGGAAGGCCGCCUGAGAGGUGGGCUCGGCCCGGCGCAGAGCACACUCAGAGUGGAGCUGGCUGCUCAGCCAGUGGCCUGGAAACUCGCCCCCAGAGCUCUGGGGGCUGAGGGCUGACUGUCAGAGAGGGUCAGGUGCUAGGUGCCACCUGAUGAGUAUUAAAAACAAUUUUUUUCCUUCAAGAGGAGGGAAAAUGAAACCAAUGGCAUCUCUGUCAUCAUUCAGGUUUUCUUACAAAGUACAGAGCCCCGACGGUCCCCGACGUGCAGGCUCUCACUCCCUCUAGGGUGCAGGACUUGCCUCUCGGGCGCCGUCUGCGUCCUGGCGCUGGCGACGAGGAAGGCUGGUGCCGCAGCUGGGCACCUCCAGAGCCUGUUCCGCUCCGGGUCCCUCUGGGGCAGGUGGCCCAACAGAGAUAAACAUGAGACCGGAGAACACAUUCCCUCCUUCCAGUAAAUUCAGCCGGUGCACUCUGCUCCGAGGAGCAGGGACGACUCUUCUCCCGUGGGGCGGGUCGGAGGGCCUCCACCCAGCGCUGUGCCAUCACCAGGCCACCCGUGCGGCUGGUGCGAACCCUGUCACCAGAUUGGGGAAGUCACUACAUUCUUUGCAUGCUGAAUAGCUAUUUAUAUAUUAUAUAAGUAAAUAAAGAAAUAUAUAUAUAUAUAUCUCACAAAUGCAGGCCACAUGUCAAAUUCAGCUUUGCUUUUUACGAAUGAAUAAACUUUAAAAAGUGAAACGUCAGAGGGGGUAUUUGGAAAGACAUCUAUUUAAAUUUUUAUUACACACCUGAUGUUAAAAAUUAAGAAUGGUGUAGAAAAACAUAUAAAUAAAUAAAUAUAUAUAGAGAGAGAUAUAAACACACACAGUACAGGUUAAACCUCUAUUAGAAGACACAUUAGCUAACAGGGGACAUGGAAUUUCCAGUGUUUCAUUAUAUAGCAUGGACGUUUUAUUUCACGUAUCGGAACAUAAAGCCAUUUGACAACUGCGAA